GAUAGAGAGAGAGAUACAUAUAUAUCCAAGUACCUGUUCAACUGGCGAACUCGAACUCGAACUCAAACUCGAAUUCAAACUCGUAACGUAGUUUGUAAAAUUUAUUGCGUGACGCACAUGUUGUUGUAAAUUGUAAUGUAAUGAGAUACGACGUCCAGGAGCUGCUACUUCAUCAGUCUGCUGAGGAUCCAUUCGCCAGGUUCGCAAAUGGGAUGGCAUAUCAUCCAUUUCUGCAGCUCUCGCAAAGACCCACUGACUUCAGCGUCUCGUCGCUGUUGACGGCGGGUAGCAACAGCAACAGCAACAACAACAACGGCAACAGCAACAACAACGGCAACAACAACAGCAGCAGCAACAACAACAACAACAACACAGCUCAAGCUCUCAGUUCGCCAGGCUCGGGCGGUGCUGCAAAUUUUCGCGGCUCGCCCUCGCAACUCUCCCCGCUCAGCAAUCACAGCAACAACAACAACAACAAUAAUAACAACAACAGCAACAACAAGAACAACAAUCACUUGAACAGCAGCGAAUCAGGAUUGAGCGGCAGCCAGGCAAAUACGCCAACGGCAACGCCGCCGCCGCCGCCGCCACUGCCGCUGCCGCUGCCGGCCGUUGGAGUUGCCGCUGCCGCUGGGCCGCUGCCGUCUCUACCCGCGCACCACUCGCCCAGCGUUGCACCGCCGCCGCCGCCGCCACAGCCGCAGCCACCGCAACAGCAGCAACCACCUGCAGCUGGACUGCCACAGCAUCCAGUGCAUCCCACGCAUCCGCCGCCGUUGCCCCAGCAACAACAACAACAACAGCAGCAGCAGCAACAGCACUUGGGGCAGCAACAGCCGCCGCCGCCGCCAUAUUUUCCAGCUGCAGCGCUUGCCGCACUGGCCGGCAGUCCGGCGGGGCCGCAUCAUCCGGGGCUGUAUAGCGCCGCCGGCGGUUUGCGCUUCCCACCGCAUCCAGCGCAUCCGCACGCCCACCAUCCGCUGGGCACCGCCUACACCACCGCCGAGGACGUGGUGCUCGCCUCGGCCGUCGCCCAUCAGCUGCAUCCGGCGAUGCGACCGCUGCGCGCCCUCCAGCCCGAGGACGAUGGCGUCGUCGACGAUCCCAAGGUCACGCUCGAGGGCAAGGAUCUAUGGGAGAAGUUCCACAAGCUCGGCACCGAAAUGGUCAUCACCAAGAGCGGCAGGUAA